AUGGGGGGCGCAGGGGAAGGAUUCGGAUUCCCAAAACCUCAACAAGAAGAAGAAGAAGAAAGACAAAAGAUAAAAGAUAAAAGGUGGGUGCGGAGUCCAAUCAAUCGACAAUCCCCGCCAAGGGCCAAAAGGUUUCAUCCUAAGGAACAGAUUCGUGAAUGA